UACAAAUCAACUUCAACCAGUACAGCCAAGCAUGGAACUCACCUUCUCAUACAUCUCUCUCUUUGUUUUCCUCCUCCUCAUUGCUUUCAAAUUUCUGUCAAAAAAACCCCGCAGACGCAGCAACCUUCCUCCAAGCCCGCCCUCUCUUCCCUUCAUCGGCCACCUCCACCUCCUCAAAGAACCCAUGCUGAUACACCGAAACUUCUUCAAACUCUCCCAAACCCUUGGCCCCAUCUUCUCCCUCCGCCUCGGGUCCCAACUUGUCGUAGUCAUUUCCUCUUCGUCCAUUUCCGAAGAGUGCUUCACCAAACACGACAUCGUCCUAGCCAACCGUCCAAGGUUCAUAAUCGGAAAAUACUUUGGGUUCAACUACACCACUAUCGUCACCUCCUCGUACGGCGACCACUGGCGUAACCUUCGCCGCCUCACUUCCCUCGAGAUCUUCUCAACCAUCCGCCUCAACGCCUUCCUAUGUAUCCGGCAGGACGAAAUUAGGCAACUACUCUGCCGGUUGUACCAGAAAUCGUCUACCAAUUUUGCAAAGGUCGAAAUGAAGUCAAAGCUCUCUGGGCUGACGUUUAAUAUUAUUAUGAGAAUGAUCGCCGGGAAACGGUAUUACGAUGACGAUUUGGAGGAUUCAGCGGAGGCGGAGGAGUUUCGGAAGCUCAUAGGGGAGGCGCUUUCAUACAGCGGAGCAUCGAACCCCGCGGAUUUCUUGCCUGUUUUACGAUGGAUUGAUUAUAAGGGUUAUGAAAAGAAAUUGAUGAAAAUUCAUAAGAGAUGGGAUGCCCUUUCGCAAGGGUUGAUCGAUGAGCAUAGGAGGGGUAAGAGUAAGAAUACGAUGAUUGGUCAUUUGGUUUCAUUGCAAGAAUCAGAGCCAGAGUACUAUUCAGAUGCAAUUAUCAAAGGGCUUAUCACUGUCAUGGUCUUUGCAGGGACAGACACAUCUUCCGUCACAAUAGAAUGGGCAAUGUCUCUCUUGGUGAACCACCCACACGUACUAGAGAAGGCUAGAAAUGAAUUAGACGCUAACAUCGGCCAAGACCGCCUGCUUGAUGAGCAAGAUCUCUCCAAGCUGCCUUAUCUUCAAGCUAUCAUAUCUGAAACCUUCCGACUUUGCCCAGCGGUACCAAUGCUUGUACCACACGUGUCAUCCGAUGAUUGUAUCAUUGGGGGAUUUGACGUGCCACGGGACACAAUCUUAUUGGUCAAUGCAUGGGCCAUUCACAAAGACCCCAAGGUUUGGGAUGACCCAAGUAGCUUUAAACCUGAAAGGUUUGAAUGUACGGAGGUGGAGGGACACAAGUUAAUGCCAUUUGGUUUCGGGAGGAGGGCAUGUCCCGGGGCUGGUUUAGCCCAACGUGUUGUGGGCUUGGCCUUGGCGUCAUUGAUUCAGUGCUUUGAGUGGGAAAGGGUUGGUGAGGAUCUUGUUGACUUGACUGAAGGAAAAGGGGUUACAAUGCCCAAAGUUGAGCCAUUGGAAGCCAUGUGCAAAGGACGUGACAUCAUGAAGAAGGUUGUAUUCGAUGGUGGAAAUCAUGCUUGAGAUACUUUUACAUUUAGUAGAAUGCAUUUACAUUUUCUUGUUUUAUAUUUAUUUUACUUUUUGUUUGUAUGUUUUGCUUCUAGAUCUGUCUUUAGACUCAAACUAACGUUAUGGCUCAAAUAAAAUUAUGUACUGAUGUUUGAGUUGGUAUAGAUACAAAAUCAAAUGGA